GUUAGUGACUUCCUCGUCGGCGUGGAAUAAAAGCUGUCGCACUGCGAUGUUUGUCCAGUGUCUUGUCAGUCAGACACACGAUCAUCUUUAACAUAUCGACACCCAGCAUCAUGAUGUACAGGGCCGUCAGUGUUUACUGGAUCUCUGUUCUCCUGGUGCCCAGUGUGGUUUCAGCUCAGCAGAUGUCAGCUCGUAUAGUUAAUGGCACAGCAGACGCAGGACGUCUAGAGAUAUUGUACGAUGGAACUUGGAACACAGUGUGUGGCUAUAAAUUUGGACAGACAGAGGCCUUGGUAGCCUGCAGGAUGCUAGGAUUUAACAGUACAACAGCAGUAGCCGUGGGGUCAGUCAAGUACGGAGCAGGCUCUGGUUCUAUUCUGUUUGAUGACCUGCAGUGUGUGGGGAACGAAACCAGCCUGGCGCAGUGUCAACACUCGGGGCUCUACAGACACAACUGUCAACAGUCGCGGGAUGUCGGCGUCAUGUGCAACAAUAUUUCAGCUCAGCAGAUGUCAGCUCGUGUAGUUAAUGGCACAGCAGACGCAGGACGUCUAGAGAUAUUGUACGAUGGAACUUGGGGCACAGUGUGUGGCUUUGUAUUUGGACAGAGAGAGGCCUUGGUAGCCUGCAGGAUGCUGGGAUUUAACAGCACAACACCAGUAGCCGUGGGGUCAGUCAAGUACGGAGUUGGCUCUGGUCCUAUUCUGUUUGAUGAACUGCGGUGUGUGGGGAACGAAACCAGCCUGGCGCAGUGUAAACACUGGGGGUUCUACAGACACGAAUGUACACACUGGGAGGAUGUCGGCGUCAUGUGCAAUAUCACCACACCGAUGACAGCCCGGUUACAUGGCGGGACGUCUAAGGCAGGACGUCUAGAAAUAUCGGUCAACGGACAAUGGACUACAGUGUGUGGGGAUGAAUUUGGACAGAGCGAAGUAGAAGUCGCUUUAAGGAUGCUUGGACUCAACAGCACUGGGCAAAGAGCUGUGAAGUCUCUAUUUUACGAUGGCUCAAGAUUUCAAUUUUGGAAUAUGAAGUGUCAAGGAAUGGAAACAAAUCUUCAACAAUGCGAAAUUGGACAACUUAACAAAAGCAUCUGCCUGGAUGUCGGUUUUAUUUGUGACUUCAAAAGUCUGCGACUGACAGGACCUCGCCGUACAUACAGUAACAUGGGGCGUGUAGAAGUGGAGAUUGGAAGUAAACAAUCUGGCACAGUGUGUGUAAACAACGAGAAAACUGCCGCAGUCAUCUGCAGACAACUCAAUUUAACACCAAAUUAUGCUGCACUGAUAGACGGUUUGUUGUUCGGACAAGACACGAGGCCUUUACUUCAAGCUACAUUUGCUUGUGAGGGAACAGAGAGCAGCCUGGAUGAAUGUGGGCGGAAUAACACUGUGAAGGGCUGUUAUUCCAAUGAUGUUGGCGUCUAUUGCAGCACUUACAAACGGCUGUUAAUAGUUUCUCGGGACGAAAGGUACCCGUUUAUAGAAGGAGCAAACAAAGCCCUGAGGUGCGUGACACCACGAACGUAUGAACGAGACGGUGAGUACACAUGGGUAGACGCAGCUGGUGGUCGUCGUUCAAGCGAUCUUCUAAUCUUUGACAAUCUGACUAAAGAGUACAAUGGACGUCAAGUGUGGUGCUCUACCCGCUAUCGUGAGAGGGAUUCUGAUUCUGAUAUCAUUUGGAGUGAUAAUCAUGUGCUAAAGGUCUACUACAAGCCGUUGAUUACAAUAACAUGGACUAACAACACCGGGGAACAACAGCCCUUGUCAAGUCUUUCUGAGUUAAAGCCUGGACACAACGUGACCCUGUGGUGUGAGGCUGACAGCAACCCUCGCCCCUCGUCCAUCACGUGGUCAGGAAGAGUGAACAGCACGACUGGAGAGUUACGGAUCAUAGCGGCAGACCACGUGACACACAGCGGUGUGUACACCUGUACAGUCGUCACUGAAACCGUUGAUGAUGACGACAGACUUCCGCUGACCUCAUCUUACCGGCUGACUCUUAGUGUUCAAGGUUUACAUUUACUCUCAUUGUUUUGUUUUGUUUUGUUUUGUUUUGUUCAAUAUUUAAUGCAAACAUUAAGUUCUAUUAUUCUUAGUUUACAAUAACUUUACAAACAAUCUUUAUAAACAAAAUCAACAUACAUUGCAAUUAUCGAAGGCAUGGGAAUGUAACACUAGCCAUGACACAUUGACACAACACGUGUUACAUGAUUUGCGUGCUACUACAAGCAGUACGAGUUGCGGCUUCUUAUCAUUUCUUGACUCGUGUCCCGGAUGUUGUGUACACCUGCUGCGACACACAUACAAAAGGGCGAGUAGAAGGUAAGCGAUUAAAAAUCACAGUUUGCAAGAAAUUCGUUAAAUCUGAUAUUUUUGUCUAAGAUAUAAUCAUACAAUCGAGUGUUGCUUUUACAUGAUAUGUGGAACUCUUUGUCGAUUUGAAUGUGUAUGGUAGUAAGUAAUAAGUAUUUAUUAUGCCAUAAAUUAACUGUAUUGCUAAGACAGACUUAUGUCCUACUAGAAAAAAAGUAUAAUUUAAGCAGCAGUUAGUUUGUGUCUAUAUAAUUGUGUUGUUAUUUUGUGCGUUUGUGCGUGUGAGUAAAAGAGAGAUAGAAAAAAGAGAUCAAGAAUUUAAUCUUUUUAAUUUUACCAAUUUCUUUAAAUUUAUUUUUGCACGCUUUUUUUUUGAAUAAUUUUUCUUACUUUAUCAAACCAGUUAAGUCCGUGUACUUUGUAUCUUGUCAUUUUUUCAAUGUCUUAUCAAACUUCGUUUUCUUUAAAGAUGCAUCUGUUUCCUACUGAGGUUGAAGCGGGUCAAAGGUCGCUGACGUCAUUUCAACUAUUUUUGUCAAGUCGUUGCUAAGCAACAACUCUUUGUCUUCACAUCCACCAGACAAAGAGCAUGAGGACAAAUAUUUGGACCAGUAACCUCUGAUAAAUCUGACCAAUCAUAAUUCACUCCUUGUAUGCAAACGAGUAUGCUAAUUUUACUUAUGAAAGAACACAUAUACCUACCUGGAAUUUACAACAAUAAUAUCUGAGCUGGUGAUUCAGUCUUAAACAGAAAUCGGAUGAUCAACAUUAGGCUACACAUAACUCUUGUUAU